CGGCGGGCCGGGUCGCCGGGCGGCGGGGAGGGGCCGGGACGGCCGGCUUGAGCGGCGGCCGCAGCUGCAGCAGGACGGCGCGCCGGCGGUUCGGGGCCGCGCGCCGGGAAGCUCGCGGGGCGGGCGCACGCGGCACCCCCUGCCUGGCCGGGGAGGCGGCCCGCGCGACGGGACCAGCAGCAUGAGCAGCGGCUACAGCAGCCUGGAGGAGGACGCCGAGGACUUCUUCUUCACGGCCAGGACCUCCUUCUUCCGGAGGGCGCCCCAGGGCAAGCCCCGCGCCGGCCAGCCAGAUGUGGAGAAAGAGAAGGAAACCCACAAUUACCUCAGCAAAGAGGAAAUCAAAGAGAAAAUUCAUAAAUACAAUUUAGCAGUCACAGACCAGUUAAAGAUGACCUUGAACUCAAACGGGAUUUACACUGGCUUCAUCAAAGUCCACAUGGAGCUCUGCAGACCCCCGCAGACCUCGUCCGGCCCUGGGACAGCGGCCCCCGGUAGCAACGGCUGUUUGAACACGCUCCACAUCAGCAGCGCAAACACAGUCCGGGAGGUGAUCGAGGCCCUGCUCAAGAAGUUCCUGGUGACGGAGAGCCCCAGCAAGUUCGCACUUUACAAGCGGUGCCACAGGGAAGACCAAGUGUACGCCUGCAAGCUCUCAGACCGGGAGCAUCCGCUCUACCUGCGGCUGGUGGCAGGACCCAGAACCGACACGCUUAGUUUUGUUCUUCGGGAACACGAAAUCGGAGAGUGGGAAGCCUUCAGCCUGCCCGAGCUGCAGAACUUCCUGCGCAUCUUGGACAAGGAGGAGGACGAUCAGCUGCAGAACCUGAAGCGGCGCUACGCGGCCUACAGAGUCCGGCUGGAGGACGCCCUCCGCGAGGUGUGGAAGCCCGACUAGGACCCGGCCGGCUGCGCGGGACCUGCGGGCAGUCCGGUCCAGGCCGCUUGUGCCCCACGGAUGAUGCUCUCGGGUCGUCCUGCCUUUAGGAUUAGCGACAACCCCGCCCCUCCCCGCCGCCUCCCGACCCCUGCUCGGGGCGCCCCUGCCGGCAAGCUGUGAAUCUGCAGGCUCAUCUGAAUCUGCCUGGGAAGCAUGGACUUGGGGACCUGCUUUCUUGUUGGGUUUGUUGGUUUUUUGUUUUUUGUUUUUUUUUUAAUAUAUAUAUAUUCCCCCUCCCUCAGUUAUUCUAAAGAUGUGAUGAUGUUAAGCUUAAGGAUGUGCAAAUGCUCUUUGAAAGCUUAACAUAGGACUCUGUCUGAAUACUACCUGUCCCUGAGGAAAAAAAAAAAAACCAGUUUGUGUCAAGAAACGGCCGGCAUAGCAUGGACUGAAAAGGGGCAGG